UAAACAUACAUUUAGAACAAGAUACUACCCCAAGCACUCCGCCAGCCUAUGUAUGUCCUGAUUUAUUGCUGCCAAGUUCCAUCAAUUGCCCACAACUUCCGCAUGAUAUUCUUUUAAGGAUUAACUUUCAUUUCGGGAUGAACUUUUGAAUAUCCAGAGAUUAACUUCCGACAAAAACUAGUAGAACAAACUUUCCAGAUAUAUUGAGUACAAGCUUUGAAACACUUGUAACCCAGAUAUCUCCAAGUGAAACGUCGUAUACAGAUGCCCUCGUCCUUUCUUGUCAGUCCCCCCCUGCGUCGCCACACAGCGCUAGCUCCCAGCUGUAAACUAAUACAAAAAUGGGUAGAUCCAAACAGGCAAGCUGUAUUUAAUCCAAGCCUGUAGCAUGCUCUGACGACACUAGUACAAUGCACGGGCCAAAUCUCUGAUCAAACACUGUAUAAUUCAACUAACCACGCGAUCGAAUCCAUGUGUACGCAGAUGCAAUAAUCCAGCUUGACUCAACGCGCGUCAAUGCGCGCACGGUUCAUAGGUCUGUAUAUAUUUGUAGCACUCCCAAGGGAAGCCUUUUGACACAUAAUAGGAAGAAGCACGGUUAAUAUCCUCCUCUGUGAUCACAUACCACACACCGUAUGGCUGCUGGAGCAUUGGUGGCGAUGCUUGCUCGUCUUGUUCUCCCAUUUCUCCUUGUGGCUGCCGCUUCCGGCGCCGGUCAUCAGGAGCUGAUAAGCCGGAGGAGCUUCCCUGAGGGGUUCGUCUUCGGGACAGCCUCGUCGUCCUAUCAGUAUGAGGGUGGUGCAAUGGAGGGAGGCAGAGGACCAAGCAUCUGGGACAACUUCACUCACCAGCACCCAGAUAAAAUCACCGACAGAAGCAACGGGGAUGUGGCAGCGGACUCCUACCAUCUUUACAAGGAAGAUGUACGCCUGAUGAAGGAUAUGGGAAUGGAUGCGUACAGGUUCUCCAUCUCAUGGACAAGAAUUCUUCCAUAUGGAACUCUAAGAGGUGGAGUCAACAGAGAGGGUAUCAAGUAUUACAACAACUUGAUCAAUGAACUCCUGUCCAAAGGGGUGCAGCCAUUUGUCACUUUCCACUGGGACUCUCCUCAGGCAUUGGAAGAUAAGUAUGGAGGUUUUCUUAACCCUAAUAUCAUAAAUGACUACAAAGAUUAUACUGAAGUCUGCUUCAGAGAGUUCGGGGAUCGAGUGAAGCACUGGAUCACGUUCAAUGAGCCCUGGUCCUUCUGCGUUACGGGCUACGCAAGGGGCGUAUUUCCUCCAGGCCGUUGUUCGCCCUGGGAGAAGGGAAAUUGCAGCUCUGGGGAUUCAGGAAGGGAGCCGUACACCGUGUGCCACCAUCAGCUCCUCGCCCAUGCGGCGACCGCUAGAUUGUACAAAGCGAAAUAUGAGGCCCUGCAGAAAGGGAAGAUCGGAAUAAGCUUGGUCUCAAACUGGUUUCUUCCCCUCUCCCGGUCAAAAUCCAACGGUGAUGCAGCAAUACGAUCUGUAGAAUUCAUGCUUGGAUGGUUUAUGGACCCCCUCAUCAGAGGAGACUACCCACUGAGCAUGAGAAGGUUGGUCGGAAAUCGAUUGCCUCGGUUCACCAAAGAACAAUCUGAAUUGGUCAAGGGUGCGUUCGAUUUCAUCGGGAUCAACUACUACACUACAAGCUAUGCUGAUAAUCUUCCCCCAUCAAAUGGCCUGAAGAACAGCUACAAUACCGAUGCUCGAGCUAAUCUUACUGGUGUUCGAAAUGGUGUCGCCAUAGGCCCUCAGGCUGCUUCCCCUUGGCUCUACGUCUACCCUCCUGGGUUCCGUGAACUACUUCUUUAUGUCAAGAAGAAUUACGGCAAUCCCAUCGUCUACAUCACUGAAAACGGCGUGUAUGAAGCCAACAACAAGAGCUUACCACUCAAGGAAGCCCUCAAGGACGACGCCAGGAUAGAGUACCACCACAAGCACCUUCUUGCUCUGCUAAGUGCUAUAAGGGACGGAGCAAACGUGAAGGGGUACUUCGCAUGGUCGCUUCUGGACAACUUCGAGUGGGCGAGCGGAUACACGGUACGUUUCGGGUUAAACUUCGUGGACUACUGCGACGGGCAGAAGCGGUACCCCAAAAACUCCGCCCGCUGGUUCAGAAACUUCCUGAAGAAAUGAACACUGGAUAUUUGACGACCGGCUAUGGAGGAGUGUGUGCAUGUUGCAAAUUUGCAACAAAUGAUUGGACUGACAGUUUGUGUUUUGGGUAGUAGGAUUAUGUUCGACAGUUUGAGCCAUGACGAGUGUGCACUGCAGGAGGUCGUGUUCUAUAUGUUGCUUACUUUGGGUUUCCCUCUCUGAUGAUCAGUUCUUCAUGUUGUAGUAUGGUAUAUUGUUGAUUGACUGAUUCUGACUGAGUACAUCAUAUUCCCCAUGCUCA